CCGGCCCUGGGAACCCCAGUUGAAACAGGACCGGUGCCCAGGGAGAGCAGGCGAGCCUGCUAGAAGCCAGACCACAGAGCCCCCCGGAUCUUUGGACCCAAGGGCUCUGGGCCUGCUGAGCAGUGAGAGGACUGUGCCGGGGGGCACGGUGCCAGGCCCGGGCAUGGAGGAGGCAGGCCCCCAGCUGGGGCAGCCGGAGUCCCGCGUGGUGACCACCACCCUGACCUGGCGGCAUCGGCCCCCCGCCCAGGAGGAAGUUCGGCACCGCUUCCACAAGGUCUCCCUGGUCUCGCACGGAGGGGGAGCCGCUCCCCAGGAGGAGUCCUACGCUUACUCCUACCAUCGAGAGGAAGUCAAUGGCAUCACCACGUGCGAGGAAGAGACUGUGAACUCCCAGGGGGCCAAGGUCAGGGCCAGGGAGCGGCAGGAGCCCCCCAAGGACCUGGCUCUGGGUGACAAAAAGAAAUUCAUCAGCCACCAGCCCAUCUUCUCCAAGAUGUACGCGCCGCUCCCGAAGGAGAAGCGGCAACAGGGGAAGCUGAGGGAGGCGGGGGGCCAAGACCACAGCAGCGCCCCCGCUCCUCAGGCAGAAAUGGCAAGGCUCAGCGUCCCUGCCGGGCCCCGGGAGGCAAGCCCUCACUCUGGCCUGGGCGCCUCCAGCGGAGUGGUCCAGGGCGCUGAGGAACGGCGGGUGACUCGCACUGUGCGCACCACCACGGUGGUGGGGGGGCGUGUGGAGAGGCGGAGCAGCAGCAGCAGCUCACUAGUGAUCGGGCCCACUGGGCCCGAGGGGCUGCCGCGGGGCCGCCAUGUGGCCCGAACUGUCCGGGCUGUGGUGGUAGGCCCUCGUCCUGAAGGCUCGCCCUCACCCAGUCGGAGCCAGGCCCUGGAAAUCCUCACCAGCCUAGUGCCCUCUGAGCCCCUUCCCCCAAAAGCCAAGGCCCUGAGGCAGAGUAGGCUACCCCAGGCUAUCUCCAGGUUCCAGGGGUCCCCCUCAAGCCAGGGGGGAGUGCCGGAGUCUCAGGAACAGCCGCCAAAAUUUGGGAAGGCUGACCAAGAAGAAAGUCCCCUCAGAGCCACCAGUAUCAUUGUGGAGGCCUGUUCGCCCAAAGAGAGGGAAGUCCCAAGUACCAGACUGGCUGAGUCUGGAAUCAGCCGAACUCCUCUUGGGUUUCCUUCUCAGGGCCCCCCCACCAGGACUUUAGUCCCCUCUCCCCUUGGGCCCCAGCACCCAAGCACUCCCACUGUACCAGAGCUGCUCCCGGGGUGUCCUGGCCCCAGCAUUGAGCUCUCCCUGGAGUCUAGAAUAUCCCCAACCCCAUCGCAGGGGAAAAGUGAGGUGGUCCGGAGCCCUGGAGCUCCCCAGGACUCAUCCUCCAAGAGGACCGAGGUACUUGUGAGUUCUGAAACGCUUCUUGUACCAUUCCCCAAAAGGGACAAAGUUGCCCCAGAACCUAGACCUUCUCUUACCCCAUCACCCAAAAGGAAUGAAAUUGGCCUGGGUCCUGGAGAACAUUCUGCCCCAUCCUUCACAAAAACUGAGCUUGUUCCAGCCUCUGGAACCCCUCCCAUCCCAUCCCCCCCAAAGACUGAACUUGUCUUGGGCCCUGGAACACCUCCUGUUUCAUCCCUGAUGAAGACUGAGGUUAUCUCAGUUGCCAGAACUCAUCUCAUUCCAUCCCCAGCAAAGACUGAGGUUGUCCUGGGCCCCGUUACCCCUCCCGUCUCACCCCCAGCAAAGACCCUGGGCCCUGUUACCCCUCCCGUCCCACCCCCAGCAAAGACUGAGGUUGUCCUGGGCCCCGUUACCCCUCCCGUCUCACCCCCAGCAAAAACCCGGGGCCCUGUUACUCCUUCCGUCCCAUCCCCAGCAAAGACUGAGGUUGUCCUGGGCCCCGUUACCCCUCCCAUCUCACCCCCAGCAAAGACCCUGGGCCCUGUUACUCCUUCCGUCCCAUCCCCAGCAAAGACUGAGGUUGUCCUGGGCCCCGUUACCCCUCCCGUCUCACCCCAGCAAAACCGGCCUGGGCCCCGUUACCCCUCCAUCUCACCCCCAGCAAAGACCCUGGGCCCUGUUACUCCUUCUGUCCCAUCCCCAGCAAAGACUGAGGUUGUCCUGGGCCCCGUUACCCCUCCUGUCUCACCCUCAGCAAAGACCCCGGGCCCCGUUACCCCUCUUGUCCCACCCCCAGCAAAGACUGAGGUUGUCCCGGGCCCCGUUAUCCCUCUUGUCCCAUCCCCAGCAAAGACUGAAGUCACCACGGGGCCCAAAGACUCUCCUGCCCAAUCUCCCUUGGAGACUGGGGCUUCCCUCCCACUUGGGCCCUCCCAGGCCCCUGCCAAGGAAGCAGCCAACCUGGAUACUGUAGAAGAAGAAGAAGUAACUCUGACCGCUGACCUGGAGCUCUUCUUGGACACCCUGCGGAACAUGGAGGCCCCCGAGAUCCUGCGCACCCACAGGCUGCCCCGGGCACCCCGCUCCUCUUACCUGGCCAUGUACGCCACGCUGCCUGCCAUCGAUGAGGACCAGGCUUCAACUUGGGCUCCAGGACCUGGGCCCGAGCUCAGGGUGGAGCCGGAGCCGGAGCCGGAGCCGGAGCCGGAGCCGGAGCCGGAGCCGGAGCUGGAGCCGGAGCCAGAGUCGGAUGAGGAGCCCGAGAAUCCCUAUCUCAGUGACGAUGAGAAGCUUCAGCGGCGCCAGGAGAAGGCCAGCCCCGGGCCCAGAUUGCUCUGGGACACCCGACCCUCCCAGCAGCCCCCGAAAGCCCGCUCCCCGCUGGACAUGAUGAAACUGCACAUGGCUGAUGGUCAGGGGCCACAGGCAGGGGAGCUGGGCCUGCGGCGGGGAGCCCCUGGGGCUCUUCCCUCCCGCCUGGAGGGCAGCCUCCUGUUUGGAGGAGGGGAAGUGGCGCUCCCUGCCACUCUGGGGGCUAAACUAUCUUCCCUGAAACCCCUCGUGUCCCCGGUCCUGGAGAAGGGCCCUGGACGCAUUCCCCUGCUGUCCAGCCAAGGAAAGCCACAGGUGCAGGCUGAAGCCACGGGCUCUGUUCCACCUCGCGAGGGCAAGAGUUGGGAAGGAAAACCACAAGGAAAACUGAACAGCAGACCAGGAAAGAUCAUCCUCUUCUCGGAGCCCGGCUGCCAGGGCCAAGCCCGGGAGGUGUGGGAUGAUGUCGCUGAUGCCACAGGCUGGCUUCCCCCUCCAGCUUCCCUCCGGGUGCUCCGCGGAGGGUGGCUGCUGUAUGAGAAGCCUGGAUUCCAGGGCCUGAAGCUGGCCCUCUCCGAGGGGGACACGGAGCUCAGGACGUCAGGCGCAGAAGGGGGUCCUGUGACCGUGGGCUCCCUCAGGAGGAUUGUCCGGAACUAUGUCAUCCCCGAGAUCAGCCUGUUCUCCAAGGAAGGCAACGAGGGUGUCCAGGUGAAGCUGACUGAAGCCUUGGAAGAUGCCCAGGGGCAGGGACAGCCCUUACUUGCAUCAUCUGUCACUGUCACUGCUGGAUGGUGGUUGCUCUACUCCAAACCCUACUAUGCCGGGGUCCCCUGCAUCCUGGAGCCUGGCAUUUACCCUUCCUGGGAAGCCUGGGGGGCUUCUGACCCUCAUGUCAGCUCCCUGAAGCCUUUGAGACUGGGUUGUCCCACCGUGGAGAAGCCGGGGGAGCCCAAGGCCCUGGUAUACGAGGCCGCGGACUUCCAGGGGCACUGCUGGGAAGUGAGCCGAGACAUCUAUGACCUGAGGAGGCCGGAGGAUGUCCAGAGCCCCAGCUUGUCCACUGUGGGCUCCCUGCGUAUCCUUGGGGGCUGCUGGGUAGGCUAUGAGAAAGAAGGCUUCCGGGGACACCAGUACUUGCUGGAGGAAGGCGAGUAUCCAGACUGGUCCCACUGGGGCGGCUAUGACGAAUCCCUGACCUCGCUGAGGGUCAUACGCACGGACUUUUCGGACCCGGCUGUGAUGUUGUUUGAGGCUGCGGACUUUGAGGGACAGAGUGUGGGGCUGAGCGAAGCGUUGCCCGACGUGCGGCUGGCGGGACACGGACUCACCACACAGGCCAUCCACGUGUUGAGUGGCGUGUGGGUGGCCUAUGAGCAGGUGGGCUUCUCUGGGGAGCAGUACUUACUCGAGAAGGGCGUGUACCGAAACUGCGAUGACUGGGGGGCCGGCGACAGCACCAUCUCCUCCCUGCAACCCAUUUUGCAGGUUGGGGAGCAGAACCUGCAUUUUGUCUCUAAGAUCCAGCUCUUCUCAGCGCCCGAUUUCCUCGGGGACCACGUCUCGUUUGAGGAUGACCAAGCCUCUUUGCCUUCCUCCUUCCAGCCUCAGUCCUGCCGGGUCUAUGGCGGCAGCUGGAUCCUGUUUGAGGAGCCGGGAUUUGAGGGGGAACAGCAUGUGCUCUCAGAGGGAGAGUUCCCAACCCUUACAGCCAUGGGCUGCCUGGCCUCCAGUGUCCUGAGCUCCCUGCGAAAGGUCCCCCUGCAUUUUUCAGAGCCAUCUAUCUUCCUCUAUGGGCUGGAGUGCUUUGAGGGAAAGGAGAUUGAACUCAAUGGGGAAGUCCGGAGCCUUCAAGCGGAAGGCUUCAACAACCAUGUCCUGUCCAUCCGGAUUAAGGGGGGCGUCUGGGUGCUGUAUGAGCACAGUGACUUCCGAGGCCGCCAGUGGCUGGUGGGAAGUGCCGAGAUCACCAACUGGCUGACCUACAGCGGUACACAGAGGAUCGGCUCUCUCUACCCAAUCAAGCAGCGCCGAGUUUAUUUCUACCUUUGGAACAAUGGCCUGGGCAGGUGGCUGGCAGUGCCAGAGGAUGUGGAAGAUAUGAAAGCCGGCAGGGUGGUGGUCUCAGAGGCCCGGGCUGGGGGCAGCUGUGUCUGGUACUAUGAAGAUGGACUGCUGAAGAACCUGGUGGCCCCAACAAUGAGCCUGCAGGUGAUCGGGCAGCCCAGCCCUGGGUCCAAGGUGGUGCUUUGGGCUGAGAGCCGCCAGCCCAGACAGACCUGGAGCAUUGACCCCUCUGGGCACAUCUGCAGCGAGAUGUUUGAGGACAAGAUCCUGGAUGUGAAGGGUGGCCGGGGCUAUGAUCGGGACCAUGCUGUGCUGUGGGACAGGACUGAGCACAGGCCUUCUCAGAUCUGGGAUGUCCAAGUGCUCUGAACUCCUUCCUCCCAGAGGGCUUGGGGAGGGGGUUGGGAACGGAGGUCUGAACUGGACCAGAUGUUUGUACAGAUAUUGCCUUUGUAACAUAAGAUGUUUUAUAAUGUCUCUUUGGCUCUUUGUGUCGUUGAGUCCCUGUAACUAGAAUUUGGAGUUUUCAGGUCAGGUUCCUCAUUUUGUAAAAUUCUCCAUUUUCUCCCUCCUCUCUGUCCCAUUCCUGCCCUCCCCACCCCCCCACCCCCCCAGCCCAUUCUUUGGGUGGGAGGAAACUCUUAGGAAAAAGGGCACUCCUUUUAGCCACCAGAGGGCACACACAGAGGACAGGGGAAAGCAGGGAAGGAGAAAAGGACAGAAAGAAAGGGAAAGAGGGA